AUGUCUUUUGACGAAGAAAUUCGUUUUCAAUAUCUUGGAAGGAAUCCUUCAUUGCACGCACCUGUGUUAUCAUUGAUUGGUUGUUCAGUUAUUUUUAAUAGUAUUAUAUUUUAUAUUCUUCCACCAACUAUUACACCAUUAAAGAAAAGUUACAUUGUAUCUACUAUACAUGCUUUAGCAUCGGUUGUUGCUGCAACUCUAUUUUACUUGUUUUCAACAAUCAAUUUGAAGCAAGUGAAUCGAAUAGUUGGUGGAGGAAUUUUGGCAACACAUGAUGAAAAAAUGGUUUAUAGUUUGUGUUAUUCAUGUGGAUAUUUUAUUUAUGAUAUUAUCAUUAUGCUACUGUUUAAGUCCGUUCGUAAUCGGUCUGCAUUGAUCCAUCAUGUGAUAAUUGCAUCUUCUGUCCUAGCCGGGCUAUAUACUGGUAUCGGACAUUCAUGCCAUUUUUUUUUUAUCAUGGAAGAACUAUCUACGAUUCCACUCAACCUUAAAACUUUAUGGAACUCAACUGUUCGAUUGCAUAAAUUUUUCAAUGUUCUGUUUAUUGUGAGCUUCGUAUUCAGCCGUCUUAUCUAUGGAACGAUUAUUUUUUUGUAUAUAUUUCGAGCUAUACCGAUAUUCAUUCAAAUGGCUUCACGUGUACACGAUUACAUCAGUAUUAUGAUCAUUUUUGUACAAGGUAUAUUGUGUAUCUUGACCAGAUUACUCAACGUUUAUUGGACUAUACUGAUUGUACGUAAAACUUUCUCGAUGAUACGAGUCAAUCAACGAUAUACUCCAAUGCAACAAAAAGAACAAGAUCAAAAAACUCAAUGA